AUGUAUCGUAGAUUAUUAUCAUCUUCAAAAUCGAAUCUCAAUAGAUGUAUAGCUUCAGUAAGUUCAUCAUCACUUAAAUCAACAGCAAACGUUGUAUCACCUAAAACUCAAUUGGUUAUAGAUCGUGAAGCAUGUUACGGAGCAGCAAAUUACCAUCCAUUACCUGUAGUUAUUCAACGUGGAUCAGGUGUAUAUGUAUGGGAUAUCGAUGGAAAUCGUUAUUUUGAUUUCCUUUCGGCUUAUUCAGCUGUUAAUCAAGGACAUUGUCAUCCGAAAAUUCUUGAUGCUAUGAAAAAACAAGCUAAAACAUUAACAUUAACGUCUCGAGCCUUUCAUAAUGAUGUACUCGGAGAAUUUGAAGAGUAUAUUUGUAAACUUUUUGAUUAUGAUAAAGUAUUACCAAUGAAUACCGGUGUCGAAGGUGGAGAGACAGCUAUUAAAUUAGCGCGUAAAUGGGCAUAUAAUGUUAAAGGUAUACCAAAUAAUGAAGCUAUUGUACUCUUUGCUGAAAAUAAUUUUUGGGGUCGUACAUUGGCGGCUGUAUCAAGUUCAACGGAUCCAUCAUGUUAUGAAGGUUAUGGACCAUAUAUGCCUAAUUUUAAAAUCAUCCCAUAUAAUAAUUUAAAAGAAUUAGAAGAAGCAUGCAGAGAUAAUCGUGUUUGCGCAUUUAUGGUUGAACCUAUUCAAGGUGAAGCUGGUGUAUAUGUGCCUAAUGAUGGAUAUCUAGCCGGUGUUCGAUAUAUUUGUUCGAAACAUAAUGUUCUUUGGAUAGGCGAUGAAAUUCAAACUGGUCUUGGUCGAACUGGAAAAUUAUUGGCAUGUGAUCAUGAAAAUGUUCGACCCGAUAUUCUCAUUCUUGGUAAAGCAUUAGCUGGUGGUUUCUAUCCAGUAUCAGCUGUUUUAGCAAAUGAUAAACUCAUGAGUGUAUUUACACCUGGUACACAUGGCUCAACAUUUGGUGGAAAUCCACUAGGCGCUCGUAUUGCUAUUACUGCUCUUAAAGUUUUAAUGGAAGAAGGAAUGAUUGAGAACGCUGCCGAAAUGGGUGAAUUAUUACGUAAAGAAUUAAAUCGAUUACCAAAAGAUAGAGUUAGAAUAGUUCGUGGUAAAGGCUUACUUAAUGCAAUUGUUAUCGAUUCACGACACGAUGCAUGGGAACUUUGUUUGCAUUUACGCGAUCAUGGUCUUUUAGCAAAACCAACCCAUGGUGAUAAAAUACGUUUCGCUCCACCAUUGAAUAUAACAAAAGAGCAAAUGCUUGAAUGUUGCUCAAUUAUUCAUAAGGCUGUGAAUGCCACUAAGUAA